AUGAAGCAUAAAUCUCACUGCUCUUUUUAAGGCUAGUUUAUCACUAUCCCAUGUACUAGAGUAUGCCGAGUGAAGUCCCCUUCACCUAUCCCGUGUGGAGUAUGCCGAGUGAAGUCCCCUCCACCUAUCUGAGUGAAGUCCCCUUCACCUAUCCCGUGUGGAGUAUGCUGAGCGAAGUCCGUCCACCUUUAUUUCAAGGGGAGACACAGGGGGACACAGACAGGGCAUACCACUCAGCCUGGGAUAGUGAAAAACUAGCGUUAAUCUUUGGCCCUCGCUGCCUUGACCUGGUAUCUCGUGGUUCUCCAAGGCGCCGAAGUGAACUGUUUUCUUGUUGCUCUUUUCUUCGGGCUGUCCGCGUAUCAGGACUGGUGCCUGCGAGGUAAGGGAGCAUGGACCCGUUGCAUGAGGCCGGAAUUUUUUGUUAAGGCUGCCAAGUACAAGAGGGCUCAAGGAUGCGCCCAGGGAUGCUAAGUCUGGUUCCUCGACCUACUUGAGGUGAUUUUGAACACAUAUGUUAAACUGUAGCGCCGCCUCUUAGCUACACGCGAAGUACUUGAGCGUCUUUACUCCUGCACAGCUAAAAUUUGGAUGAAGACAGGGGUUGGCUUUUCUGUUUGUCAUUCAGGAACAACAUCAUGGAGGUCUUUGGAAAAACAAGCGGUAGCUCUAAUUUUGACUUUUGCCCCGCUUUCGAACCGCCAAAGCAGAAGCAGAAAGACAUUCAUUGGCAUUGUCCUUCUUCAGAAAGCCAGGAGAUCUCAGGUGGGGCUGCAGUUACAUCUUUGCUUGAGAAUUUCUGCAGUGCCAGCAAUUGUCACCGCCUGUCAGAGAUGUGUAAGGCGACGGAAGCUUAUGCUGACGAUGUGGCCGUACAAGAAGGACAAUUCUUUAGGAAACAUCGACUUACAUUCAUGGACUUGCAUUCGUUCCCCAGUACUUCUAGACCAUCCUUGGUUCUUUUCCUAGUAGAAAAGAAUUGGAAGUCCUUCAUUCUUUUUCUAGUAGAAAAGAAGCCAGGGAUGUUCCCGUUCCGACCAAGGUAAUGAAAAUUCCGUAAACUGCUCAUCUAACGUCUACCAAAAAGCCUGCGUUUGUGCGGUUUUUGCUGGCUGUUUGGGCUUGCUAGAGACCAUCCGCUGGUUUGCCUACUAUCGCCUCCACAUCGACAAGGGGCGCUCGGCAGGCGGUCGGCAAGCAUUUUAUUCGAAAUUCGGGGAGCUAUGCGGUAGCGGUCACAAUUUUCACAAUCGCUUUCUUAAGGCUCCUUACCGUAAUAAGCAAUUCGUCUUGGGAACAAACAUGUCGGUCCCCUUUUGAGGGUAAAAAAGGACGUCAUAGAGGCCUUGCAAGAUGAACAAUAUUGGUAUAACGUCUAACUUUCUCAUUUACAUGGUCAAUGGCCGGACUGCUGCUACUCCGGUUGAGGCUGCAGACUCCGCAACAGGCUGCAUUACUUCGGGUUCCGCAACAGAGGAAGCCUCCGAGAAAAUUGCUUUUGUAUUGGAUUCUCUGCAGAGACAUCGCCGAGUCAGUGAUUGGGGUGCAGCCAAUGGGUUUGCUGAUCGCGCAUUAGUGAAGCAGCACGCGAUCGAAUACUUCCGCAUCAAGCGAGUCAACAGCGAGGAAGUUGGAAAUGAAAUUUUUAAGAUUUGUCAACUUGUGCUGUCCCUAUCAUGAUCCAUCUUCAGAAGCAUCGAUCUUCCUUGGAGACUUCAUCGAUCGAGUAGGAUCAAGUCCUGGAUAAUAGCUCCAGGAUGUACUAAUUAUUAGUACAUCCUGGAGCUAUUAUUUUGUUUCACUCAGGGGAAAUUAUAAAUGGUAUCAUCUGGCUUAAGAUGGGAGAUAACUAAUGACGGGCGUUCUUCGGGAUACACUGUUGCAAGAACGGUAUCGUCCCGCCGGUAGUCAAGGAGUACUACUCGGGAUGGAAGUCAAUCAAAAGCUCUAAAGAAAUACCGCAGCAUAUUGCUUACCUUCAAAUCCUAGAGAAAACCGGAACUCUAUUGGAUAUUUUGGCUCCGAAUCGGCAGGUGGGUCUGGCCUACUACUUUGACGAGAAGACAGGCCAAGCUUUAAAGCACCUGGGCCCUGUUGCGAUUUUCACGCGUUCCCCUUUGUAUGCAAGCCGCUUGGGCUAUUUGUUAUGAAGAAACAUAUCUUAAACUUUUUGUUUGACAUUAGAAGGGAAGGACCGUGGUCUUCUUCGGUUUCACCCUUUAAAUUGACGUGAAGGAACAAACUCCAAAAAAAUGGUACAGCACAGGAUCUACAAUGAUUGUAUCAUCAUCAUGUCCAGGAAGAUGUACUUCUAAGUCUUCAUCCAGAUCGGCAAGGAGCCUUUACAGCGGGAGAUGCGAAUGCAGACGAAUUCACUAUCCAAAUAUUGAAGUCGGAACUAACUGCUCCUGAAGUUGCAAGUUUCCUGGCCGCUCAAUACGCAUUGGACAGAAUCUACUAUGAAACAGCCGGCCACCCGAAUUAUGGCAACGUUUACUUACUACUUAGUAGAUACAGUGUUCAGGCCCAUCCUUCACGUCUUGUCAGCAUCCUGUUGGGGCUCCCUUUUCCCUGUAUUUCCUCAACAUAUAGUUCUAGUGAUUCUCCUUCUCAAGAGCAUCCUCUGGACGCCUUUUUGUUCCCCUGUAUCAGUCCUAUGAGUUACUUACUACAUUUUUUUUUUCCAUAGGACUAUAUGCUACUACAAGGGCAAUAGAGGGGUCUAGUAGAUGAGGACGACUGAGGAUCAUCGCAUCGCAUAGGCUAUGGGCUGGUACGUAUGCUAGAGCCUCUGAUAGACUCUCUGGAAUGGAAUGGACACUGUAAAUGUUGACUCUAACCGAAAACAGAGAGUGUCCCAUCUUGCGGCAGCAACGCCGCUUACAGGAAUGCGAUGCAACGUGCGAAGGAUAAGUACACACGAGAUAGAGCAUUCGCGAUACUGGCGGAGAUGCGAGCAUUUAGUCCACAGCCUUCAACGAAAUUGCCUUAA